AUGACCUUCAACAUCCUCCUCAUCGGCUCAUCUGGCUAUAUCGGCGGGUCUACGCUUUCAGCACUCGUGGAAAAGCAUCCAUCCUGGCAUAUCACGGUGAUCGUGCGCAACGAAAACCAGGCAUCUACGAUCCAAAACGCAUUUCCCGCUGCAGCCAUCUCCACUAUUAUCGGCUCCCUGGACAUUGCUGAGGUCCUUGCCACGGAGGCUGCCAAGGCGUCGAUAACUCUCCAGCUCGCCAACGGUGACCACGACGCUGGGACAGACGCUCUUCUUGCUGCAAUCGGUUCCGUGGCCAGACCCGAGUCCAGCAAGUAUUACAUUCAUCUCUCAGGAGCUGCUACUGUACUGGACCUCGCCCUUGCACCAGGUCUUCCGCCUUCCAGAAGCUGGAAUGACACUUCGGAUCUCCCCGAAAUCCUCAACCUGCCUGCAACGCAAAUUCACGCCGCCACGGAGCAGAGAAUCAUUUCUUUUGCAUCCCAGCAUGCUGAGAAUGGCGUCAGAACUGCGAUCGUCAGCCCACCGGCCGUGGCUGGAGUGGGAACUGGUCCCAUCAAGCGAGGAUCUGCAUAUCACAUCAACAUGAUUCUGCAACGCAGGAAAGCGUUUGUGGUUGGAGAGGGGCGGAAUCGUUUUGCAACGGCUCAUGUGAAAGACGUGGCAGAUGGAAUAGUAGCGUUGGUUGAGGCUGCGUAUGGAGAACUUGAGGCCGAAUCUGAUUCCGGUAUCAGCAGUGGAGCUGUUUCUCCUAGGGCGGACUGGAGUAGCAAUGGGUAUUAUUUCCUGACUUCUGACUGGACGACCCCGGAUAAAGCCACAUAUGUCGAGAAAGUUGUUUCGCUACUGGGAGAAAGGUCCGUUUUGCUUGAGGAUGGUGUGGACCAUCUCACAGCGGAAGAGUCAGCUUCAUUGCAUCCAUAUGGUCCAAUUAUCUUCGGGGCCAGCUUGGAGGUUCAAGGGCGAAGGAUACAGGAGAGGCUGGGAUUUAAA